CCUGCAUCCCCUCUCCUCCCUCCUCCUGGCUCUCUCAGUCCCCGCUCCUCUCUCUCCCUCUCCGUCUCGGGCGGAGGCGCCCACCGCCGCGGCGGAGUGGAGACCGUGCAGACCGCAGGACCCGACCACGCCCUCAUGGCUCCCCUAGCCUUGGUGGGGCUUGUACUCCUCUUGGGAGUUUCCCACUGCUUGGGGGCAGUCACCCCGACCCCUUCCCUGCCACCUCCCCCAGCUAAUGACAGUGAUGCCACCCUGGGUGGCUGCCAGGGCUCAUACCGCUGCCAGCCGGGGGUGCUGCUGCCUGUGUGGGAGCCAGAUGACCCAUCACUGGGGGACAAGGCCGCAAGGGCCGUGGUGUACUUCGUAGCAAUGGUCUACAUGUUCCUGGGGGUGUCCAUCAUUGCUGACCGCUUCAUGGCAUCCAUUGAGGUCAUCACCUCCAAAGAGAAGGAGAUCACCAUCACCAAGGCCAACGGCGAGACCAGCGUGGGCACUGUGCGCAUCUGGAAUGAGACUGUGUCCAACCUCACGCUCAUGGCCCUGGGCUCCUCUGCACCUGAGAUCCUGCUGUCCGUCAUUGAGGUCUGUGGCCAUAACUUCCAGGCAGGCGAGCUGGGCCCAGGCACCAUUGUGGGCAGCGCAGCCUUCAACAUGUUUGUGGUCAUUGCUGUGUGUGUGUAUGUCAUCCCUGCUGGGGAGAGCCGCAAGAUCAAGCACCUGAGGGUCUUUUUCGUCACAGCCUCAUGGAGCAUCUUUGCCUACGUCUGGCUUUAUCUUAUCCUUGCUGUCUUCUCCCCAGGAGUGGUCCAGGUGUGGGAGGCUCUGCUGACCCUGAUCUUCUUUCCGGUGUGCGUGGUGUUCGCCUGGAUGGCGGACAAGCGGCUCCUGUUCUACAAAUACGUGUACAAGCGCUACCGCACCGACCCGCGCAGUGGCAUCAUCAUCGGGGCAGAAGGCGACCCGCCCAAGAGCAUCGAGCUGGAUGGCACGUUUGUGGGCGCCGAGGCCCCGGGUGAGCUGGGCGCGCUGGGUCCGGGCCCUGCCGAGGCGCGCGAGCUGGAUGCCAGCCGGCGCGAGGUCAUCCAGAUCCUCAAGGACCUGAAACAGAAGCACCCGGACAAAGACCUGGAGCAGCUGGUGGGCAUCGCCAACUACUACGCGCUGCUGCACCAGCAGAAGAGCCGCGCGUUCUACCGCAUCCAGGCCACGCGCCUGAUGACCGGCGCCGGCAACGUGCUGCGUAGACACGCGGCAGAUGCGGCCCGCCGGCCUGGCCCCGCUGAUGGCGCUCCCGACGAUGAGGAUGAUGGCGCCAGCCACAUCUUCUUCGAGCCCAGCCUGUACCACUGCCUGGAGAACUGCGGCUCGGUGCUGCUGUCGGUGGCCUGCCAGGGUGGCGAGGGCAACAGUACCUUCUAUGUGGACUACCGCACCGAGGACGGCUCGGCCAAGGCGGGCUCCGACUACGAGUACAGCGAGGGCACGCUGGUGUUCAAGCCUGGCGAGACACAGAAGGAGCUGCGCAUAGGCAUCAUUGAUGACGACAUCUUCGAAGAGGAUGAGCACUUCUUCGUGCGGCUGCUGAACCUGCGCGUGGGCGACGCACAGGGCAUGUUCGAGCCCGACGGCGGCGGGCGGCCCAAGGGGCGGCUGGUGGCCCCGCUGCUGGCCACCGUCACCAUCCUGGACGACGACCACGCGGGCAUCUUCUCUUUCCAGGACCGCCUGCUGCACGUGAGCGAGUGCAUGGGCACCGUGGACGUGCGCGUGGUGCGCAGCUCGGGCGCGCGAGGCACCGUGCGCCUCCCCUACCGCACGGUGGACGGCACGGCCCGCGGUGGCGGCGUGCACUAUGAGGACGCAUGCGGGGAGCUGGAGUUCGGAGACGACGAGACCAUGAAGACCCUGCAGGUCAAGAUUGUGGAUGAUGAGGAGUAUGAGAAAAAGGACAACUUCUUCAUUGAGCUGGGCCAGCCCCAGUGGCUUAAGCGGGGGAUCUCAGCUCUGCUCCUCAACCAAGGAGAUGGGGAUAGGAAGUUGACUGCCGAAGAGGAAGAGGCCCGGAGGAUAGCAGAGAUGGGCAAGCCAGUUCUCGGGGAAAACUGCAGACUGGAGGUCAUCAUCGAAGAGUCUUAUGACUUUAAGAACACGGUGGAUAAACUGAUCAAGAAAACGAAUCUGGCCUUGGUGAUUGGUACUCAUUCGUGGAGGGAGCAGUUUUUAGAAGCAGUGACGGUGAGUGCAGGGGAUGAGGAGGAGGAAGAGGACGGGUCCCGGGAGGAGCGGCUGCCAUCCUGCUUCGACUACGUGAUGCACUUCCUGACAGUGUUCUGGAAGGUUCUCUUUGCCUGUGUGCCACCCACUGAGUAUUGCCAUGGCUGGGCCUGCUUCGGUGUCUGCAUCCUGGUCAUCGGCCUGCUCACUGCCCUCAUUGGAGACCUCGCCUCCCACUUUGGGUGCACUGUGGGCCUCAAGGACUCAGUCAAUGCCGUUGUCUUUGUGGCCCUGGGCACCUCCAUUCCUGACACGUUCGCCAGCAAGGUAGCUGCGCUGCAGGACCAGUGCGCGGAUGCAUCCAUUGGCAACGUGACGGGCUCCAACGCAGUGAACGUGUUCUUGGGCCUGGGUGUGGCCUGGUCGGUGGCCGCUGUGUACUGGGCGGUGCAGGGCCGUCCCUUCGAGGUGCGCACGGGCACGCUGGCCUUCUCAGUCACUCUCUUCACCGUCUUCGCCUUCGUGGGCAUCGCCGUGUUGUUGUACCGGCGCCGGCCACACAUUGGCGGCGAGCUGGGUGGCCCUCGGGGACCCAAGCUGGCCACUACCGCACUCUUCCUGGGCCUCUGGUUCCUGUACAUCCUCUUUGCCAGCCUCGAGGCGUACUGCCACAUCCGGGGCUUUUAGGCCCCUCACCACCCCCCUGAGGGUGGGGACUCAGUGGCACUUGCUCUUGGACCCCGUCUGUCUGGACUUAGCCUGGGCCCCUGUGACUCCUGGGUUCCCUCCUCAUCAGGCCUCUUGGGGUCAGCCUCCCUUUCUGCCUGGGCCCCUAACCUCAGCCCCCUUCCUCAGCAAGUCUCCUUCCAACCCAUCCCUUGUAACUUAUACCAAAGCCCUUGACCAGACACCUACCCAGGCACAAUUACCUCCUGGGUCUCCCCAGACAUCCAUCUUGGCUCUGUCCCUUAGCCACUCCUCCAUCUGUACCCCAAAGCCUAAGAGCACCUUGUCCCCAGGUACCUCAGAGGGAGGCUGUUCUGUCCCAGGGUGCCAGGGAUCCCUACCCUUACCCCCAACCCUCAGGGAGCUCCGUUUGGUCCCCAGGGAUAGGAACAGGUGGGUGUAUGUGUGAGGAGGGAUGCACACCUCCCCCUGAUUCCGCCACUCAGAGGCUGGAGAAGGGAGGAGGGACAGUUGGGGAUUCUGUCCCCCAGGCUAAGCCUGAGGAGGCACAUCUUGAAACCACUUCAGACAUUCCAGCGCCCUACUCACCCUCCACUACCUCUGAGAGCCCAGCCACACCUUGGAGGGAGGGGCCUGUGUGUAUAUAUAUAUGUGUUUGGGGGAGGGGGGACGAGGGAGGGUGCAUGUCUUGGGGGAAGGGGCAAAGACAGACUUUUUCUUUGGAGAGGGCAGCACCAGACUCUAUAGAGGACUGGGAGUCCAAGGGAGUCCCACUGAUCUCCCCUGACUAUUCUAGAAGGUUCAUUUUGCCCUCAGUGCCAGCCAAUCCGGGCAGGACCCUCAAAGAGGAGACCGAGGGUCCCAAAGGACCAAUGCUACAAGCCAGCAAAUGCUGCCACAUCUCUGCCUGUUGGGGGGCGGGGGUGGAGGGGAGGGUGGGUUGGGAUCUGGGUGGGCAUUUUUAACUUCUCGGGCCUCCUGUAUUUUCUUACUGUUGAUGUUUCUUGCCCAAAAGGACACCAUUGGGGUGUUGGGAGUGCUGCCCACUCCUUGUGACCCUAGUGUGAUCCUGCCACCCCCAUAACCUCCUGCUUAUCCCCAAGGUUUUUGCAUUUUGUCAUCCAGUUGUGCAUUGGCCCCAUGGCCCACUGCCCUUCUCUCCCUGGCUCAUCAGCAUCAGUCACUGUCCCUUCUCUGUGGUUUCUGUACAAAUUGCCAUAAAAUUUUGAAAUUCUGCCUGAA